CUAUCUCUUCCUUACACAAGCACAUGUACACUCUGUGUCUGUCUCUCUCCUCCUCUACUCCGGCUUGAUUCUUGUCUUACAAGUCUUCAGUCUUUGACCUUGGCACUGCUCUGAGCACGAGCACCUAUUGUGAAGUACUCAGUCAUCCAGCAGAUACAUCGCAUCACGCAUCCCGCCCCCCUCACUACACCACCAACUCUUCUUCCAGACAAGCCAAGCUCCAGCCCUUGGACCAAGAGACGCAGACACGUCUCUGUAGCACCCUAACUCUCUAUCUCAAAGGUACAACAUCGUCGUCGACACCAGCACCAUGCGUCAGGAGCGUCUCAACGACGCCGCAAUUGCCCUCCACACUGCCCUGGCCGGCGCGGGCGUCAAAUACGGCACUUUCGGCGGCUACGCCUGCACCCUGCUCGGCAGCCGACGCGAGACGAGCGACAUCGACUGCCUCGUGUCCGCAACCAAGCCCGACAUCCUCACUCUGCUGGACGGCGUCAGCAACUUCACCGUGAUCCCACGCAACCGCGAGGACUACGUAGCUGUGAUCUGGAGUGACAGCGCCAACCAGACCGAGCCGGUCCUGGUGGAAAUCUUCUGUGAACGCUUCCGAGGCUCCCACUACACCAUGUGUCACUGCUACCCGCGCCUCACCCUCGUGCGCGGCGACAUCAUGGGCGUGGGCCUCGUGCAGCACCUGCCGGCCUUCACCAUCUUCAAGGGCAAGCUCCGCGCGGCCGCCACCCGCAGCGAGCCCCACGACGUCUUCGACCUAUGGUGGCUGGCCGGCCGCUUCCAGACGGUCUACACCUACGCGCGCCACCUCAACCUGGACUACGUCGGCUUCGCCAUCAAGCGCUACCCCGGCCUGGAGCUGCUGUUCUUCCUGCUGGGGCUCGACGUCGUCGGCGCCAUGGCUGGCGUCCAGGACAUCGCGCUCAACCAGCUUCCGCUGUCCGGACCCGGCGAUAUCCAGCGUGGCUUGUUGCUCUAGACGGGAUCAGGUCGAGUCACUUGUGGAAGCACCUGUUGAUCUUUUUUUCGUGACUGUGGUCCAGCGGUUGACUUGUACUUGUAAUUCCAGGGUUGCAUCCGAUGGGUGGGAAUUCGGG